GUGAAUUCGGUAAUGAACCUUAUGGGUUCCACAAAACGCGAGGAGUUUUUUGGCCAGCUGACCAGUUAUUAGCUUAGUUAAAUAUAUGAAGCCGCCUUAAGCAUUUUCCAUUCAGAAAAAUGUGUGUCGCAGGGGGGGGGGGCUCCAGACAACUGACUUACGCGCGUGUUAUUUCAGUUUGCCGCGAGAGGCCCGCAGUGUCACCAGCUCGGAAACAAGAGACAAUCGGUGAACGGUUCAGGAAGUGCUUUUUGUUGUUUUCGGAGGGUUUCUGUUCACAGGUGGAUGGGGCUGUUGGUUUCAGUGUUCCAACUAAGUGAUCCCUCCGAGUGCUGAUAGCUAAUCCACGGCGCCAUAAACCGCUUCCUAUACUUGGAAUUAAAUAUUUAAAGCACUAAUCAUUUUGUAUGUAAGACUAAGCUGCAAAUGACUGCACAAGGAGCUUCAUGAUUUGUACACCUCGCCAAAUGUUAUUAGAAUGAUCAAAUGAAGGAGGAUUGGAGGGGCAUGUAGCACUUACGGGAGAAGGCAAGAGGGAAAUGCAUAUAAAGUUUUGGUAGGAAAACCUUGAAGAUACAACUAGAAAGACCUAGCCGUAGAUGGGGAGAUAAAGCUAAAAUUGAUAUUAAAUAAUAAUUUUGGGGGUGUGUGGACUAGACAUAUCUGGCUUAGAAUAUGGACUAGUGGCUGGCUGUUGUGAACACGGUAAUGAACAUUCUGGUUCCAGAAUUCUGGGAAUUCGUAGAGUGGCUGCGCAACUAGUGGCUUCUCAGUAAUUUUGUUAUUAUUGUGGAUUCGAGGCUCUCACGUUUGUGCGCAUGAAGAACACUGUGUUAUGUGACGUCAUGUGUUAUGGUAGCGACUUGUUUCUCUUCAGCGCCUAAGACGCACAGUUAUCGCUUGUCUUUACAGACUACACAAAGUUCUGUGGUGCUCGCACCAGCACGCUGCAAACUGAGAACGGCUGAGUACAUCCUCAUAAAAUUUGGUGUUGGCAAAUUUUACUUAAAUCUGUCAACAAACCUCAACUUUGCUUAAAAUCGGCCAACAAUACCGGACACUUCACACGAAGAUCUGCUGGCGUUUCUGCGCGCGCACCUUGAACGUAACUCGUUUAAUGUUUAUCGGAGAGAGAAAAUCUCAGAUAAAAGUUGGAGAGAAGAGUGAGACGGACAUUUUAUGCUGUAUGGCUUGUUUAUUAAGUUUUGCGGGUUUCGCGAAAAAUAAAUAAACGUGAGCAAAGGCGCCGAAACUGAUACGCCCUGCUGUAGUGCAGAUGCGGAUUCACUAAACACAUAAACUGUACAUCCACUGAAUUAAAAUUACGUAAAAAGUAAAGUCCCUGUGCCUAAGCACCAUGCCAUCAAGACGUAUAGAUGGAGCUGAGUGGUCAGCUUCACGCCUCGUCCGCUUUACCCUCGGGGAAUGAGCCCAUGCUACCCAUUGGAUAGGAGGUCGGAUGGGUCCCAGGCUCGGUGUGGACGCGUGGAAAAAAGUCUCUUGCCCCUGUCUGGAAUCGAACAAAACCGACUGUUAACUUUUCGUCGAUGUAAAUGUUGUCCGGACUGGGGACUGGUGACAGUUCAACACCGUGCGUCUGUAGCAUCAAGAGGAGCUCUCGGCUAACCACACCGUAAGACUAACUCAGGAGUUACAACGUGUCCUUAUCGAGAGCAGUGAAAAUGUUACCGAAAAUUUAACGAGGAAAGUCUGAAAAUGAAGGAAUGAAGGCCCCGGAAUUCUGGACGUUGGUCUCCUUGUACGCAGCCGUCAUCGGUGUUGACAGCCUACAAAACGUGAAGUUGGUAUUUCCACCGGUGGUGCGCGUGGGAGGAGAAGCGACGCUUCUGUGUCUCUAUGACCUGGAAGGUGAACCUCUGUACUCCGUGAAGUGGUAUCGGGGUAACCAUGAGUUCUACCGGUACACGCCGAAGGAUUCUCCACCGGGCCGCAUCUUUGCCUUUGCGGGAAUAGUAGUGGAUAUGUCAGCAUCAAAUGCAAACCAGGUGACACUGAAGAACAUACCCCUCCACCUGUCAGGAAAAUUUCGCUGUGAAGUAUCAGCUGAUGCUCCUUUGUUUACUACGAAAUGCAUCGAAGAUGAACUCACUGUAUUAGAGUUCCCUGAUUCCCGACCUGUGAUGACUGUGAUGAACACAAGCUACAGAGAAGGCGAGCAGCUGACAGUGAACUGUACGUCACAGGCAUCAAAAUCACCACCAACCCUCACAUUCUACAUCAACAAUCAUGCACUAUCACAGGAUGUAGUGACAACUUGGGAGGGAGGUGCUAUGUUAAGAACAACACUGAAGAAGUCAGACUUCUCAACAAGAGGAGAGUUGCGGCUUAAGUGUGUGGCCUCUGUUAUGGGGCUAUACAAUAUCAGCAGCGGAAGUGUGGCCAUAUGGCUGGAGCAAGGCAAAUCACCUGCAUUUGGAGCUGAAGACACACUGAGUGCAGGAUCCAAGAAUUCAGCACAGAAUGGUCUCAUGUUACCAGGAAUGGUUCUGUGGACGUUCUCCGUACGUUCUGCUCAGUUCAUGGAGGCUUUAAGAUAGGCAACUGCAAUAUUUGGUCUGCAAAAUAGCGACAACUACCGUCUUAGAAGUUACAUGAAAUGAUGCCCCAUUUUAAUUAGUCACUGUGGUCAGGGCUAGCUGAUAUUUCAUCAAUAUCUCUCCUAUGAACUGCUUCAUACAACACUUUAAGAUAUCCCUAAUGCUGGAAGCUCAUGCCACCAUAUAUAAGUUACCAUUUCAACAUCUUAAAUAAAAUCUAAAAUGAUUCAUCUUGUGACUGAAUUAGUGAUAGUAACAGCUUUACAAAUGUGAUGAUAAAGGAUACAAUUGAUAAUACUGCUUAGGUUGUUUAUUUAUUCAUGGUUUAAUUAGUGAUGCUUUCAGUACUGGUAAAUUAGACUAAAUAGGGUCAAACGAUUAGCAAAUAAUGAAUUAGAAGCGAAGUGGAACAAAAUAGCCAUGGUACACUUUGAGAAACCUCAAAAAGACCUCAGGAUAGCUGAUCUCAAGCCUGAGAACAGAACUUUGGUCCUUCUGAAUACAAAGCAGGAGUGAUACCGCUCAAUUCGUUUAUGUUCUUAACUCUUCCACUGUGAAUUAUUUCCUCACCACUUUUCCUAAAAUAAUGCAAUUAUACAGUAAAAAUUUGAAGAUAAAUGCAACAAAAUGCAUUUUUUAGUUCCCAAUGAAUGAAGACGAAAGACGCUGAAAAAGGAGAUGACUAUCUCUUGACGUGGACCAAAGCUGAAUGUUGCACUCUAUGGUAAUGGAUGCUUAUUCGAUUUCAGUCAAAUAUCGCAGCAGUAGGUUUAAACCUGGAUAUUAUAAAGAGUAACUUCUUUUAACACUUGUGCAAUUAACAGCAAUUUAGUGCAUUUGUAUGUUAUGUGAUACCAAAUGUGCAAACAGAUUCCAAAGAAGUGUAAUACAAGUCAUGGGAUCAGUGGAGGAAAAUGGACUUUCACAAAUAAAAAUAGAUUUGAAGACUAGUGCCGUCUGUGAUGUGAAGCAGAAGAGUUUUGUAGGCCAACAUUUAAGAGGAACAACUGCUUAGGGCCGAUUUCCUCCAAAAUAUUGGUAACCAUCUACCAGACUACACAUCAUCAUAUCUCGGAGUUUUGGGUCACUACCACGAGAAUCUCAAAUCUCAGAAAAAUAGGAAUCAUCCUAUUCACUCCUUGACGCUAAGGCCCUCCAAGUACCUUUGUCUCCUUUACAACAGAUGCCCAUAUAUCGUGAGGUUCCGUGACAUACACUGUUACUGAAGGUAACACUGGGAUGACUAUGGGCUGCUUUACAUCUGGCCCCUACCAGGAGCUGACACUCCCGCUAGCAUAACUCUCCUAGUAGCCCAAAGGGAGGAUCUGCACCAUUCACUAACAUAAACACAAUCAGGACUCAGCUGAAAUUACAAAUAGAUUCUAAAGGGUUCUAACGAUGAUGGAUGACAUACAGAAUUACUGGGGUUUCGGACUUUUCCAUUGUCCGGAAUUUUAGGUAAUAGAGGACACAACGUUUCAGAAACUGGAUCUGUUUCCAUCUUCAGGUGCAAAAUGAAGACACCUACUGUUGCACCCCUCAGAAAGUGCUAAUCUCAAUCACUGGACAACUGUCAGAUUUACCCAGCUAUUUCACUGACCUAGCCUAGUCCUAUAUGUUGAAAUAGCUGCUUAAAUCUGACAGUUGUCCAGUGAUUGAGAUUAGCACUUUCUGAGGGGUGCAACUGAGUAGGUGACUUCCUUCUCACCCGAAGACGGAAACAGAUCCAGUUUCUGAAACAUUAUGUUCUGUAUUACCUAAAAUUCCGGACGAUGGGAAAAGUCCAAAACCCCAGUAAUUCUGUGAAAUUACAAACUUAAAAAUGUGCACUAGUUAAAUUUGUGGGGCUUGAGAUUUUCAUUGCAGUGAAAAUGAAAGUUACAGUGUUUUGAGAUGUGACUGAAGCCAAUGUUUUGGACCAGCCUGUUGCAUCAAUUUUGGAGUAGAACUGAAGAUGGUGUACACUGGUACCUACAAACCAGAUAACUUGGAUCACAUCCUGAAACUCCAUAAUCUUCUAAUGAACACAGCAAUAAAAGUUUUCUGCAUUUACAGGCAUAUGUAUUGUUUCAACAGAUGUGAAGUGCUUUCUCUGCCUAACAAGUAGUCACUUGUAUAUAGAACAUUUAUAAACUAUAUUUGUAUUAGUAAAUACAGUAAUUAGAUGUACU